UACCGAACGGAGGGAAGCCGGUUGAGGGUGAGGGCGGAAGUGACAGAACAGCUGAGCUUCAUGUUCCUGUUUCUUUCAGCUUCACCGUCUGGAUCCGACAUUUAGAGACUUUCACUCAUCGGAUCUAACGAGGGAGAGGAAACAGAACAACCAGCAGCCUGACACAGACUGUGCUCCUCGUCUGAAGCAGAGUCUCUGUGGGACGGACCAGUGAACAGCAGAAGACAAACAGAAGACAGACAGAAGACAGACAGAGUCGGAUCAGACAAAGCUGCGUCCUGAAGGAGCAUGGAGCUUUCACUGGCUCACCCGGCCCUCAAAGCCUUCAUGUGCGGCUCCGUCAGCGGGACCUGCUCCACGCUGCUGUUCCAGCCUCUCGACCUGAUCAAGACCCGUCUGCAGACGCUGCAGGGCGGAGUGCAGCCCGGGUCGGGCAGGGUGGGGAUGGUGACGGUGCUUCUGAGCGUGGUUCGGACAGAGAGGCUGCUGGGACUGUGGAAAGGGAUUUCACCGUCCUUUGUCCGGACCAUCCCGGGCGUGGGGAUCUACUUCAGCACCUUCUACUCCCUGAAGCAGCACUUCCUCCAGGACGGCAGCCCCGGGCCCACGCAGGCCAUGCUGCUGGGAGGCGGGGCCCGGGCGGUGGCGGGGGUCUUCAUGCUGCCGGUCACUGUCAUCAAGACACGAUUUGAAUGUGGCAGGUACGGGUACAGCAGUGUGGUGGGGGCUCUGCGCAGCGUGUGUCUGACGGAGGGUCCUGCCUCCUUGUUCUCCGGCCUCAUGGCGACUCUCCUCAGAGACGUUCCCUUCUCUGGUAUCUACGUCAUGUUCUACAGCCAGGCCAAGGCCUCGCUGCCAACAGAAAUCAGCACGUCUCCGUCGGCCCACCUGGCGAACUUCAGCUGUGGGAUCCUGGCGGGCGUGUUGGCCUCUCUGAUCACUCAGCCGGCCGAUGUGGUCAAAACCCAAGUGCAAGUGAACCCACAGCUGAGGACGGCAGAGGCUGUCAGAUCCAUCUACAUGGAACAUGGCGUCCAGGGCUUCUUCAGGGGGGCAGUUCCUCGGUCACUGAGGAGGACCAUGGUGGCCGCCAUGGCGUGGACGGUGUAUGAGAAGAUGAUGGCUCACGUCGGACUGAAGUCCUGAAGGGGAACGUGGACGAGUGAAGAGAAAGAAGAGAAUAAAGUCAAGUCACUGUAUGAGGACGGUGAAUGUGUGAAGAGGAAGGAACUGUGUGGAGACGCUGACUCUUGAGCAGAGACUCGUCUGAAUGAGCGACGUGCACGUUGCCACAGAGCUGUGGAGAUUUAUAGAUGAAGUGUGUCACUGGGCUGUGGCUGAAGUUCAGGAGUCCGACUUCCUGCCUGUGCAAAGUAACCUCUGAGAAGCUAAUAGGGACACUGAUUAUAUCUUAAAUCGGCCAAAGAGUUUUUAAUCUCAGUGAGCGUUUUGAUUCUGUCAUUAAGUUCUGGAGACUCAGUGGAACUUUCCUGUAUCUGUCGAUUUCAAGAAGACGUCAGUGAUGACACAGCUCAGACGUCUGUGAUGCACUUUAACCUCGGCCGUUCUUUCAUGGAACAGUCUAACACCUGGAGAGACUCGUAAAUGCCUUUCUAAUAACACAGUGUGAUUUAUGUUCUUAUAUUUUUAUUUUAAAGUUAAAUAUGUGCUUUUAAUCUGCCUUAAAAUGCCUUAAACAUGUUUUGGUGUUUCCAUCUCAUCCGAAGAGAUGAGAUGGAAACAUGCUGCUGUCAGAACGUAAAGGCCAAAGACUUGUCGCUGUGGAGCAGAGAUAAGCAGCAGGGCGGGGGGGCGGUG